UAGUUACUUGGGUUUCACUGGUGCACAUUAUAUCUACAUAGGGGCAAUGAUUCGCCUGGUGUUAGUGUGUGGCCUGUUGAGCUUAUUUGCUCCAUCUGUGCACGGAACUGACUGCCCCGGAGGACUUGUGAGAUGUCCUAGUUUCAUGACAUGUUGUGAGCUUGCUAAUAAAGAGUAUGGCUGCUGCCCCUUCCCAGACGCCAUGUGCUGUCAAGAUCACGUCCACUGCUGCCCUCAGAAUAUGCAGUGCGAUGUAGCCCAGCAGACCUGUAAGAAGAAUGGGUCGCCGCUACAGUUCUACUGGAGAGUCCCCAUCCAGCCUGAGCUCAUUGAGUCCAAUGAGGAACUGCCGAAGGAAACCAUUCCCGAGGAGAGCAAUCAUCUGCCUGAAGUUAGAGGUGACAUCUGUCCUGAUGGCCACCCUUGCCCAAACAUCUUCACAUGUUGCAAGAUGUACAAAGGUGGAUACGGUUGCUGCCCCUUUGAAAAUGCCCAGUGUUGCUCUGAUGGAUUCCACUGCUGCCCUGUUGGAAGCCAGUGCAAUGCCACCACAGGAGGAUGUGAUCACAAAACCCACAAGUUCACCCUGGACCCUUACCCUCUCCCUGUUAAGAAGGCAACUGAGAAACCAAAAGCAGGACUUGGAUCACGGCCUCUUCGCAGUGGAAUCUCAGAUCCAGGUGGCAAGUGUCCCGAUGGCCAUCCUUGUCCUGAUAAGUUCACAUGUUGCAAAGUCCCUGACCAAGGCUAUGGUUGCUGCCCUUACUCAGAAGCUGUGUGCUGCACAGACUACAUUCACUGCUGUCCGAAGGGCACCAACUGCAAUACAACCCUUGGCACAUGUGAUGUGGAGAAGAGGGAGUCCCUUUCAGUACCAGCAUUCUCACUGCUAACAAAACAACUGGCCCAUGUUCCUCAUAUUCCCAAGAAAGAGAAAGUACAGAAAACAGCAUCGAAUGUCUCAACUGUUGUGUGUCCUGAUGAGCGUUACCUGUGCCCUGAUGGAAACACCUGUUGUCAGCUUCAGUCUGGAGCUUAUGGAUGCUGCCCUAUGGAUCAUGCAACAUGCUGCAGUGACCAUAUGAACUGCUGUCCCCAUGGUUAUAGAUGUGUUACUGGUGGUUGCGAGCUGAACCCAGACCACGACGAUGCUCCCUUACUUAGGAAAGUCACCCCUGCUAAGAGGACUGCUGAGAAACAACCACAGCAGACAGAUGAAGAUUUACAAAUUGUAAUAUGCCCAGACAAGCUCUCAGUUUGCCCCGAUGAGAACACCUGUUGUGAUGUUGGCGGUGGUUUUUAUGGAUGUUGCCCAAUGCCAGAGGCAACAUGCUGUGAAGACAAGGCUCACUGCUGCCCCCACGGCUACCGCUGUUCUCCUGCGGGUUGUGAGAAGGCCACGGAAGAUGGUCUUCAGCUGGUCCAUCUUCAUUUCACAAAUGUCUCCGAGAGCAUAGGAGAAGUAAAGAGUUACAAGGAACCAGAGAACGACGUGAUCUGUCCUGACAAGGAGUUCACCUGCCCUGAUGGAAAUACUUGCUGCAGUGUUGGUGGCGGAGAGUAUGGAUGCUGUCCAAUGCCUAAGGCAACUUGCUGCAGCGACCAGGAGCACUGUUGUCCUCAUGGCUACAUUUGCAAAGAUGGAGGAUGCGAGAGAAAACCAGGAUCGCCUUUCGCCCUACCAGCAGUUACCUCAAAGUUGUCCCUGACGAAAGAAAAAAAUGGAAAUGAGAGAGACUAUCCACAAGUGAUGCUGUUGCCAUAAAGAAAAUGUUGCCUCUAAUUUUCUUCUCUUCAUUUCUCCCAGUCUUCCCUUACAGAGGUGAAGGAGUAGGUUAUUCUAUCAGAUUUUGUGACCAUUGUUCAGAAGAUACACACAAUGCUCAGUAGAUAUAAAAAAAAUCAGUAUUCAUCUUGUUUAACUUUGUCAGCAUUAUGCACUACUCUUUUUCCUUUCUUGUCAUAGGAUUGUUUCAAGCACAUUUUGAGUUUUCAUGAACCAUUUUUGUAGUUAAAUGUGAUGGAUAAUUUUAUACAUUUUAGGUAGAAGUGUGAAUGGUAGAUGGAUACUGUAUUUCCAACCAUAAAGCUAAAUAGGUCUUAUUUUCUGGCACUUAUUUGAGUUUUGAUAUUAUAAGAGAAUCUGUUAAUGUUUUCUUCACAAACUUUCCAAACGUGUCUCAGUCAAGUGGAGAAAUUAGCUGUUAAGUCUUCUUCUUCUUCCUCUUCCUCUUCUUCGUCUUCGUCUUCUUCUUUUACACUGGGCAUUAUGUAAUGGGACAUAUUUGAAAAUAGAACAUUCUGUUUUCCAAAAAUUAAGAUUAUGAACAUAAAAUGCAUGUUUUGUAUUUUAUAUAUUUUGAAUUAUGCUUGGAAUAUUUUUGGUGAUGUAUAUUUUUAGUUCUAGGUUUUGUCAUGAUAACUAAGGAGAAUUUAGAAGUAGUAGAUAUUGUAUAGGAAAAUUUUUAUUCAGAAUUAGGGUAAUAACAUACAGGUUAAAUACCUGUUCUAUAAUGUUUUUGGUUUUUACUGUUCAUAUUUUUACACUUAAUAAAAUUAUUGUUGCAA